UUGACGUCUUCACGCGUAUACGAUGCACCUCGCCGCACUAUAUAACCCUCUUCAUCUCCUUCCUCCCUUUCAGCAGGUACAGACGAAAAACCCUCGCUCUUACCUGCAUCUAAAUCUCAAAACAAAAUCCAAUCAAAACCCACAUCAAUUUCACCCUUUUUAUCCAUUAAUUUCGUUUAAGCUUCAAAUUCAGUUGAAGAAUGCCGCAAUUGGAGGAAGAAUUGUUUCCUUCAACGCCGGGGAGGAUCAAGAGCGAUCGUAUGCAUUACAACACCAUGAAUCGGACGUUUCACCGGUGUUUCGCCUCCACCAGCACCAUGUUCCUUUGGGCUUUGUUUUUAAUUGCUUUAACGGCGUCGUAUAUAAGCUUCCAAAGCUUCAUCACUUCCGGCAGCCGAUACCUCCACCACACAAGUCACACCAGCAUCGGUGAUCUCCACUGGGAGAAACAAAUCCGCUCCUCCGCCCAGAUCCGUCGUCAAAACGGUCUCACUGUACUCGUCACCGGCGCAGCCGGCUUCGUCGGCACACACGUCUCAUUAGCUUUAAAGAAACGCGGCGAUGGCGUCGUCGGAAUUGACAACUUCAACGACUACUACGACCCGUCGUUGAAAAAAUCCCGCCGGUCGAUGCUUGAAUCCUACCAUAUCUUCAUCGUUAAAGGCGAUAUCAACGACCAGAAGCUGUUAGCAAAGCUCUUUGAAAUCGUCCCGUUCACACACGUCAUGCACUUGGCGGCGCAGGCCGGCGUAAGGUACGCCAUGGAAAAUCCGAAUUCGUAUGUUCAUAGUAACAUAGCAGGUCUGGUAACACUUCUUGAACAAUGCAAAUCGGCCGAUCGGCAACCGGCAAUCGUAUGGGCUAGCUCCAGCUCCGUUUACGGGUUAAACGAGAAGGUGCCAUUUUCAGAAUCCGAUCAAACCGAUCAACCGGCGUCGCUUUACGCCGCCACCAAGAAAGCCGGAGAAGAAAUCACACACACUUAUAAUCAUAUCUACGGAUUAUCCAUAACCGGGUUGAGAUUCUUCACAGUUUAUGGGCCAUGGGGGAGACCCGACAUGGCUUAUUUCUCUUUCACGAAGAACAUCUUACAGGGGAAACCGAUAACUGUGUAUCGGGGCAAAGAUCGGGUCGAUUUGGCCCGGGAUUUUACUUAUAUUGAUGAUAUCGUGAAAGGGUGUGUGGCGUCGUUGGAUACGGCGGGGAAGAGUACAGGUUCCGGUGGGAAGAAACGGGGGCCGGCGCCGUACCGGAUUUAUAAUCUGGGGAAUACGUCGCCGGUGACGGUGCCGGCGUUGGUGAGUAUACUGGAGAAGAAUUUGAAGAUGAAGGCGAAGAAGAAUAUGGUGGAGAUGCCUGGAAACGGCGACGUUCCGUUUACACAUGCGAAUAUUAGUUUGGCCCAACGGGAACUCGGGUAUAAACCGACGACUGAUUUGUCAACCGGGUUGAGGAAGUUUGUUAAAUGGUAUCUCACAUAUUACGGCUAUAAUCAAGGCAAGGGCAAUUCUGUAAAUUUGUAGAGUUUUUAAUUAGGAUUAUUUUUUGUUUUUGGAAAAAGAUAGGGAGAGCAAGAUUCUUUGCUUGGAAUGGGGAUGAGUUAAGGAAACUUUGUUCUCAUUUUGUUUUUUAAGUUAUCAAUUUUUAACACUUGUAAGUUGUGAAGAAAGAAAUUUCAUUUUGAUUAAUAUUAAUGAUUUAACUUAAUGGUA